AUGAUACAGACAAAGCUGGGAACACUGACAUCAUUCCGAACGUUCCUUCCUUUUUCGCCCAUUGCAUACGUGCUGAUGCCCUUCCUUGUGGUUCUUCCACGCAUACCAUGGAUUAUUUGGCCCUCUUUCACGUUUGUCAUUAGCUUACAGGUCAUCUCGCGGACAUUUAUCCUGCCCGCUGCUAUCAUCCUGGUAAACAACUGUGUCACGGAUCCAUCUAUCCUAGGCACAGUCCAUGGAGUGGCACAGAGUAUUGCUAGUGCGGGUCGGACCAUGGGUCCUUUCCUGGGUGGUUGGGGGCUGGGCCUGGGCCUCGAGAAUAACAUGAUUGGGGCUGUCUGGUGGGCACUGGCUGUUGAGUCUUUGCUUGGUUGGGCUAUGCUGUGGAGCAUUUACGAGGGCAAGGGAAUCGAACACAAGAAAGAUGAGAUAGAGGAAGACGAGGAGUGA